AUUCUUUUUGGGUUGAAAGUUGAAAUCCACGCGCUAAAUUGGGCCCGUAGAAAAGCACAUUUGGAAGCUUGCAGUGAUGAAUGGUGCUCAUGCGAAGAGAGGCGUGUAUUUCUUUUGAACAUCCACCGAACCGACCCGUUUGGUUUGUCCGGAGGUAACCGCUUAGGUUUUAUUCUUCAUAUAUCAUCCUCCACACCAAUUCCCCUUCUUUGCAAACCCUAGACUUGCUACAGAACUCAAAAUCCUCUUUCUAUCUUUCUCUAUCCCAUCUUACAAUCACUUUAGCUUCUCGAUCGGUCCGUAAUCGCAAAAGAUAAGAAAGCAUGAGCACUAAGGCGCCAUUUGUGAAGUAUGCAAGAGGUGGUGGUAGACAAAGGAAAGGAGGACUGGAUCUGAAUGUUCCUCCUCCAAAUGAAAACCAAGAACAAGCAGGAGGGCCAACUGUUUCAGUAUCUCAGACUUCCAUAGCUACUGCUCCAACUAUUCCAGGAUCAGCACUACCUGCCCCCACCCCCAUUGAUGUUGAGGAAUUUGAUGAUGAUGUUGUUAUAUCCUCCCCUCGAGCAUUUGAAGAAGCUAAAAAGAAAUCACAAAGAAUUCGAAAAAGGCCUUUGGUGGUUGAUGUGGAAUCUGAAGAGGUUUCUGCUAGGGUCAAUGGUCAUAAUAACAACCAUGGAAACAAACGGAAAAGAGGUGCUGGAGUUCCACCAGUUAUCAAUUGUGAGAUGUAUGUCAAUUUGGAAGGAGGAAGCAGUGGUUCUAUGAGAGUGAGAGCACCGCCACCACCACCACCACCACCGCCGCCACCGGAGCCGACCUUCAGCUGUCCUGUUUGCAUGGGAUCAUUAGUUGAGGAGGCGGAAAGUCACAAACAAAGAUAUUUUUAG